AUGUGCAGACUCAGAGCGAGCACCAUGGCUGAGUUCACCGGAGGAGAUGAUUACCAGGCAGAGUUUGAUCCAAAGGCCUAUCUCGGAUAUUACAAAUUUGGGGAAGGCACCUGCGGAGAAGAAUAUCUUAACUUUGUCUUGAAACAUUAUUGUAAAACCUUCACUUCAGGUGUGGUGACAGGGGACUCCCUGAUUGAUAUUGGCAGUGGCCCCACCAUCCACCAGCUCCUCUCUGCCUGCGAGUCCUUUAAGGAGAUCAUCGUUUCAGACUACACAUACCGGAACCACCAGGAACUGGAGAAAUGGUUGAAGAAUGAGCCAGAAGCGUUUGACUGGACUCCAGUGGUGAAAUACGUGUGUGAGCUAGAGGGAAACAGGGGAAAGGAGGCUGAGAAAGAAGCAAAAUUAAGGAAAACCAUCAAACAGGUUCUAAAAUGUGAUGUCCACCAAAGCAACCCCAUGGAUCCAAUCGUCCUGCCUCCAGCUGACUGCCUGGUCUCAUCACUGUGCUUGGAAUCUGCUUGCAAAGAUCUGACCGCUUAUCGCAUUGCUCUGAAGAACAUCAGCUCCCUGUUAAAGCCAGGAGGGCACUUGGUGCUGAGUGGAGUUUUGGGCUGCAGUUUCUACAUGGUUGGCCCCAAAAGGUUCUCGUGUUUGGUCCUGGGAGAGGAAUUUCUUAGAGAAGCCCUCAGUGACACUGGCUUCAUCAUUCAGGAGUUUGAGGUUCGCGGCAGGGAUGAUAAUAUUGAUGACAGCUGUGAUUUUUCUGGAAAGUUCUUUAUUCUCGCUCACAAAGAAGAAGCAAUAUAAAUCCUUU